UUGAUUUUUUUAUUUUUUUUUAUCCAUAUGAGUCAGGAAGGUAGUACAAAGAAGCGAGGGAGGAUUUGAACCUGUAACCUAUCAUUCACAGCACCUCAAACUUAACCACUAGGCCAAGACAUCCUUUGUAGAAGAUUUUGAUUCGUUAGCGUAUCUCUCUUGUCUAGAAUGUCCAACUUACAGGGCAUAUACUCAAAGUGUUCUUCUACAAUGGAUUGAUUAAGCUACAAAAUAAAUAAAUGUGCUGCUUGUUCAGAUACUUUGUUCUGGAAGUAGCCUUGUAACAUUUAUAUAUGUUGUUUGUAAUUGCUACGUUCUUCUCACUUUAAGUUAAUUACAUUGGUGAAUAGGGAAGUGCUGUCUGGUGUUUGCUGUUGCUGGAGUUUUCAGUAUUUAGUUGAGUUGAUAAGAUGGAGAGUGGUAGUUCUUCCAAAAUUUUCAAUGUGCAUUCACAUAUCAAUCACAUUUUGUUAAUAUUAGCUGAUGUAAUGGUGAUCUUCAUCUCCAUGUUCCUACUAGUAUAUCAGUCAUCAGUUCGAAAAGUUCCGGCUUUCCAAAAGCCUCAAUGUCCUUCAAGUGUGGCCAUUACAUCUGCUAUCUUUAAUUGUGGGUUGGGUCUUGUGUAUUUGGGCUCUGGAGUCUAUAUACUGUGUCUGAAGCUGAUCAGAGAGGAGAUUAUUUCGCCCUUAGAUGAUUGGGUGGUUGUUUUGCUUCAGGGUUUAGCAUGGUUGCUGUUAGGUGUUACUUUGUGUCUGAAGAGAGCAUUUCCAUAUACCGCGGUGUUGAAACUUUAUUUAGCUUUGGCUGUCUUGCUUUCUGCAUUUCUCUGCAUACCUUCUUUAUGGGAAACAGUUGCUAGGAAUGAUUUUUCAGUUAAGAGAAUUCUGGAUGUCUUAGUGUUUCCAGGAAGUGUUUUAUUACUGUUUUCAACUCUCCAAGAGUGCAAAUAUGCAGAAUCUAGUUUUGAUGGUAGCGAAGCUGGGUUUUCUCGCCCUUCAAAAGAUGAAAGUGAGGAGGCAGAUGACAGAAGUACUACUCCUUUCAGUGAAGCUGGAUACUUGAGUAAGUUGACAUUCUGGUGGGUGAACUCGUUGAUGAAGAAGGGUAAGAAAAAACCUCUUGAAGAGAAAGAUAUACCAAGGUUAAGGAAGGCAGAUAAAGCACAAACAUGUCACUCUGCUUUUAUUGAGAUUUUGAGUAAAAGAAAACGAAAAUCACCACUAGAUUCCCCUCCUAUUCUGUCAACAUUACUAUUAUGUCACUGGAGAGAAACUGUAAUUGCAGGAUUUUUCGCACUAACAAACGUUCUUGCUAUAUCUGUCAGCCCUCUCCUUUUAUUGAACUUUGUUCGGUUGGCUGAAGGUAAGCAGGCUUUCAAGCAUGAAGGCUAUGUACUAAGUGUUGCUCUUUUUCUUGUUAAAUCUAUAGAAUCACUAUCUAAAAGACAGUGGUACUUCAGAAUGAGGUUGAUUGGGCUGCAGGUGCGAUCUGUGUUGUGCACCAUAAUCUACGAGAAGCUGCUGAAGCUCUCGUCUGCUUCUAACACUAUGCCUGUAGAUAUAAUGAGCUGUGUUAACAUUGACAUUUAUAGAAUUAGCGAAUUUCCUUACUGGCUUCAUCAUGCAUGGGCAACAGCUUUGCAGCUGUUCCUUGCAUUUCUGAUUGUUUAUUACUGCAUGGGUGUAGCAGCUUUUGCUACAGCAAUUGUAAUUGUUCUAGCAAUAAUUGGAAACUUUCCAGUAGCAAAAUUCCUGCAGAAGUAUCAGAUUAAGUUUAUGAAUGACCAAGACAAGAUAUCACAGGCCUUAACUGAAGCUGUUACGACCAUGAAGGUCUUGAAACUCUAUGCAUGGGAGACUCGAUUCAUGAAAGUCGUUGAAGGUUUAAGAAAUCAGCAGUAUAGGUGGCUAAUGGGAGUUCAAAAGGUGAAGAUUUACUCCAUUGUACUCUUUUGGUCAUCUCCAGUUUUGGCUCCAAUAGCUAGUCUGGCGGUUUGCUACUUCCUUAAGAUUCCUCUCGAAACUAGCAAAGUUUUCACAUAUCUAGCAACUAUAGGGCUCAUUCAGGAUCCUGUGAAAUAUAUCCCUGAUGUUUUUGGAGCUUUUAUAGGUGCAAGAGUUGCCUUAAAUAGGAUUAUAAAGCUUUCUGUGGCUCCACAGUUAUCGUCCCAGGACUGUGUUCCAAAGCGCGUUUGGAAGGAGUGCAGGUACUCCAUACAUAUAAAAGCAUCUGAAAUUUCAUGGAUUGCAAGUUCUCCUCGACCAACACUCAGAGAUAUAGACAUGAUGGUAUAUCCUGGAGAAAGAGUAGCAAUCUGUGGAGAGGUUGGAGCUGGAAAAACAACGCUUUUAGCUGCAAUACUUGGAGAGGUUCCAUACAUCAAUGGAGUGGUUGAAGGAUGUGGAAAGAUAGGCUAUGUUUCUCAGACUGCUUGGAUACAGACAGGGACUAUACAAAACAAUAUAUUGUUUGGAUCAAUUAUGGAUCCAAUUAGAUACCAUGACACCCUGAAGAAAUGCUCACUUUUGAAAGAUAUUGAGAUGCUACCUUUUGGUGAUCUUACUAUGAUUGGAGAACGAGGAGUUAAUCUUAGUGGAGGACAGAAACAGAGAAUUCAACUUGCACGAGCUUUGUAUCAAAAUGCAGACAUAUAUCUCUUGGAUGAUCCAUUUAGUGCUGUGGAUGCUCAUACAGCAACCAAUCUAUUUAAUGAAUAUGUCAAGGUAGCUCUAUCAGGAAAGACGGUUUUCCUUGUGACCCAUCAAGUUUACUUUCUUCAUGAGUUCGACUCUAUUAUGCUGAUAUCUGAGGGAAAGAUCAUAAGAGCUUCUUACAAUGAGUUGCUUGUGACAAGCGAAACAUUCCGAAGCCUUGUCAAACAUGAUGAUAUUAUUGCUUCUCAAAACUCCAGGGAAGUGUUACUUAAUGAAGCUUCAACAGAGAUACCGCGUGAGGACAGGAAUGAGCACUUGAAUGCAAAUGAUCAGUUGGUUAAGCAAGAAGAAAGGGAAAUCGGAGAUGCUGGCAUCAAGCCUCACCUACAGUAUCUCAAACAUGGCAAAGCUUUGUUAUACUUCUCACUGUCAAAUUUCAUGCACUGUUUGUUUAUUUUGGGUCAGUUCGCUCAAAGUUGCCUGUUGGCUACUAAUCUUCGAGAAUCUAGUAGCGUCAGCAGACCAAUCGUCAUUGCAGUGUAUGCAGCAAUUGGAUUUAGCAUGAUAGUAUUUCUAUUUGCCAGAACCUUUUUCUUAUAUAUUCUAAGUAUAGGCGUAUCAACAUCUAUCUUCUCCAAGCUGCUGAAGUCACUUUUCCGGGCUCCAAUGUCUUUCUAUGAUUCAACACCUUCGGGAAGGAUACUCAGUCGGGUGUCUUCUGACCUGAGUAUUGUUGAUCUAGACAUACCAUUAAAGUUAAGCCUCGCACUUGGAUCAACUAUAUAUGCGUAUUUUGGUUUCGCAGUAUAUGUUGUUCUUGCCUGGGAAGUUCUGUUAGUAAUUAUUCCCACAAUAUAUGUGGCCAGUGUCUUGCAGGACUACUACACUGCUUCUGCCAGAGAACUUAUGAGGAUUGAGGGGAUUACUAAGUCUCUUGUUUCCAACCAUUUUGCUGAAACUUCUACAGGAGCAAUGACAAUCAGAGCUUUUGGAGAGGAAAAUCAGUUUUUUCUGAAAACCUUGCAGCUUCUUGACAACAAUGCUAGUUCAUCUUUCUAUGGUUUCGCGGCUAAUGAAUGGUGCCUUCUAUAUUUAGAGAUAAUGUAUGCAGUUGUUAUCUCAGCUUCUGCCUUCUUCAUGACAAUGCUUCCUCAUAAAGAAAAUGCAUCUGGAUUUAUUGGAAUAGCACUGAUGUACGCUUUAUCAAUGAGUGGCAAUUUCAAUUUGGCUGUACAAGGCCAGUGUGAUCUUGCAAACAUGAUGGUAUCUAUGGAGAGACUAGACCAGUACAUGCAUAUUGCCAGUGAAGCCCCGGAGAUAAUCGAUGACUAUCGAUCUCCUCCUGACUGGCCUUCCACAGGUCAGGUGGAGAUAUGUGAGUUAAAGGUCAGAUAUCGGCCCAAUGCACCCCUUGUUCUCAGAGGAAUUAGUUGUGUGUUUGAAGGAGGACACAAAUAUGGGAUUGUAGGCAGGACUGGGUGUGGAAAAACAACUCUUGUUAGUACAUUGUUUCGCUUGGUAGAGCCUACUGAAGGAAAGAUUGUGGUAGAUGGUAUAGACAUUUCAACAAUUGGACUGCAUGAUCUGAGAUCAAACUUUGGUAUCAUCCCACAAGAUCCUAUUCUUUUCCAUGGAUCUGUGAGAUUCAAUCUUGAUCCGUUGUCGGAGCAUAGCGAUAAGGACAUCUGGGAGGUCCUUGGAAAAUGUCAACUUAAGGAGGUUGUCCAAGAAAAACCUGAAAGCCUGGACACUACUGUUCUAAAGGAUGGCUCAAACUGGAGCAUGGGACAGCGGCAAUUGUUUUGUUUGGGACGUGCAUUACUAAAGAGGAGGAAAAUACUAGUGCUUGAUGAAGCUACUGCAUCAAUUGAUAAUGCAACUGAUUUGAUCAUUCAGAAAAUCGUCUGCACUGAAUUUAAUGACAGUACAAUGAUAACAAUAGCCCAUAGGAUUCCAACAGUUAUGGACUGCAAUAAGGUUCUUGCAUUGAGUGAUGGAGAGUUGGUUGAAUUUGAUGAUCCCAAAAGGCUGAUGAAUGAAGAGGGCUCCCUUUUUGGUCGUCUUGUAAGGGAAUACUGGUCCAAUUCUAGAAAUUCUUAGUGCUGUAGUUUCUCAUAUUUAAAUAAAAAUUAAAUUGAAAUCCCUUUUCCGCGUUCUUGGGUAUGCAAAUUGUUUAUACACCCGAAUGUACUAUAUACGAAAGUGUUUUUUUACUUAUUGCGCUUAAUGCUUUUUACCUUUGUUGAUAAUUUUAAUGCUUUUUCAUACAUUUAUUUAAAAUAUUACUAUGGAUGAGCUACGUAAAAUAUGUUUUGGCCAAAUUAUGUACAAGUUUGUUUGUA